AGCAAAAAAAACAUAAUAAUAGACAAAAAAAAAAACAUAAUAAAUAGCAAGAAAUAGCAAAAAUAAUCAUAAUCAAAACGCUAACUAUUAAAACGCGUCUCUUAGACGCCUUUUUGAAAUAUUGAUUUAAAAUAAAAAUUUUACUAAAGAGAAAACUUUAAGCCAAUGUUUAUUAAACUUCUUUGUCACCAUGUUUUAGUGUUAAAUAUUUGUUAUUAAAUCAUUAAAUUAUUGUUAAAUUAUUAUACAUUGUUUCGGUGCUCUCAUAUUUGGGUUGUUUAAGUUUCCGCUGUUAAGAGAAUAAUUUCGUCAAAAUGAAAACCCGUUUGGUUUCGUUAACUUAUCGCGGCAGUGCCUCGGUUGAUCCGCGCUACUCGGCCGCCAUGUUGCCCUGGACUAUUAAUGAUAUUAGAUCAACGGAGAGUUAUUCAAAGCUUUCCGUUGGCAUUGAAAACGGCAACUUGGAAUCUUAUAAUUCUGACUUUGAACUACAAUUUAGUCAUCCUCUAAAGAAUAUUGUUGGCAUGUGUCGCAUUGUACACAAGCAGGGAGGCAAACAAGUUGGCAAUGGUUUUAUGCAAUUAAAAUCCAACCAACAGCAGCAGGCAAAUGCUAGCAACAGCAAUAAUAGCAGUAAUGGCUAUUCGAGUAAUGGCAGCCAUAGUGCUGGUGGUGGCUUGAGUUUGGGAGGUGGUGGUGGUGGCAUAAAGACUGCUUUGAAAACUUCCACCUCAUAUGGUUCAUUGUCUUCAAGUGCGGCUGCUUCGUAUCAGCAGCAACAACAGCAGCAGCAAUAUCAAAAUGGCCAGCCAGAUGAUCAAAAUGCGGUGCCCAAUAAUUUUAUGGAAUUUACCGGUCCCCUAACGGGUCUGGUGUAUUUGAUGAAAGAGCCCAAAGAUCCUUUAUUGCAUAUUUAUCUGUUUGAGUGUGAGGCGGUGGAAGAGAUGGCCGAAUUAAUGCAUCAAAUGCGCGAUCCCGCCCAUACUUUGGGCGGUUCAGUUGGCAGCAUACCUCAGACAUUAGUGGCCAAUAAUAGUACAACGGGCGCCGAUAUGUCUCUGCAGAAGGCUUUGAGCGGCAAUGGUGUUCAUACCACGCCGGCCACAAAUCUCAAGCUUAGCGAGGCUUUACGUCAGGCCCAACAUGAUGCUAGUCCUAAUUUAGUGUCAUCCUCAAAGAUGAAAUCAUCCAAAUCCUAUACACAUGGUCUCAGUAAUUCCGCAGGAACGGUUAACAUUCCAACUUCUACCUCAGCUCAAAGUAACCUCUCCCUCUUAGCCGACAUCUCGCCCAAUCACACUCACUUCUUCGAGGUCAUGUAUGUGGGUAAAAUACGCGUCUCUCACAAACGCGUGCCAUUCUCCUUCAUUGACGAUGCUUUGCCCAAAUUCAAAGCGUACGAUGCCCAGCGACAGCGUCUCAUGCAAAUGUCUUCAAAUCGUAAAAUGUCCAUCAAUAGUGAGGGGGCUUUUAUAGGCUCUGGGUCAAUUGAUGUGAAACCCUGUUCGCUCAAAGACAACGAGGUCAAGGAAGAGGAUGAAGAAGAAGUCGAACAAGAAGAUGAAGAAGAAGUAGCACAAAAAGAGCCACAAGAUGAAGUAUUUCCUGUAAAAGUGACCUUUGACGAGAAAGUCAAAGAAGAGGAAACCUCAACGGGCACUAGUAGCAAUGAGGAGGAAACUAAAUCGGUGGAGGAUAAUAACAAAGAAAAUAAAUUACCCAUCGCUGGUAGACUUUUGAGGGGUAUUAGUCAGUUGGAGAUAAGUGUGAAAAAAGAUGAUCAAUUGGUGGCAAAUGAUUCUCAACAACUUGAAGAAUCUGAAAUUUUGCCUCCCAAUUUCAUAUUAAAUAAACAUCCAACACCGCCCCGGCUAGAAGAGGAGAAUCAGUCAGCUUCUCCAAUCCAAUUAACACAACAAACUCAACAACAGCAGCAACAACAAUUAAAUGCUAAUUACGGUUUGGAUAAUCUACCCAAACAACGUGAUCGCUCUGCCUCUUAUGGCUGCAUACCGCCCUAUGUGGAACAGAAUCGUACUAUGGUCUUUUUAGUGGGCCGUUCCGAUUUACGUUUGAUCUCACCUGAUCGCAAACAGGUCUUACUCUAUAAGGAUUUCAAAGAUGUAGCCAGCUGUGCUCAGGGUCAAAAGAAUGCCGAUCACUUUGGCAUCAUCUGUCGCGAAGCACACAAUGAUGGCUACAUUGGCUACGUGUUCAAGUGUCAGUCGGAUCAUGUGUGCGACGAUAUAGUGGCAGCGAUUUCGCAGGCAUUCGUAACAUGUGCCGAACAGAAACGUAAAGAGGCUACACAAAUCUUCUCGUGUGAUCAUUGUCCGAUGUUGUGGUAUCACAAACUCUGUACCGAUGUGGAGGGUUUGAGUGAGAAGAAAACACAGAAUAUGAUCUUUAGACGUAUAGAGACCUUGAGCGAUGACGAACAAGAUACUAUAUGGGCUAAAUUUUAUGGUUCUGAGAAGAUGAGUGCUCCGCUGGUGGAGCAGAAUCAAUUCUUAAUGAUGCUCUUGCGAGCUCAUUGUGAAUCGAGACAACAGAGGCAUGUCCAUGACACCGCCGAGAAUAGAUCGGAGUUUUUGAAUCAAUAUUUGGGUGGCAGUACCAUAUUUAUGAAAGCUAAACGAUCACUGACAAAUUCGUUUGAUCAUUUAUUGAAACGCAAGGCUUCUAAGGAUGAUAUAGGAGCAAGUACUUUGGCCAUAAGAGAGCAUAAGAUAAGAGAAAGUUCGGCUGAACCCAAAUUGGAGGCUGGCAAAGAUGAUGCUGAUUCACCGCCCGAAGCUUUUAGAUCUAGAUCCAAUACCAUAGGUUCGAUAAAUGCAAGUCCCAGUAAGCCCACGGCUGAACAGUUAAAGAGUCCCAUGAUGGAUAUCUUUAUUAAGGUGGGCAAUAGUCCUAAGGAAUCGGAAACUCAUCAGGGCUCUUGGCGCCAGGCUAUACUCAACAGUGUGGUUACUCCCUCCAAAGGCAUGGAACAGGAUGCCCAAUCAGAAUUCUUAUCACCCAUGAGAAUAACCCAACCCAAACGCGGCAAACGUUCACGCGAAGAAUUACGUGAACUCUGGAAGACCGCCAUACGUCAGACAAUUCUACUCAAUCGCAUGGAAACCGAAAAUGCCAUGCUGCAAGCCCGACAAAAUGAAAACGAAUUGAAACGCAUGAAAUUGGACUAUGAGGAAAUAGUACCCUGCGAUAAGCAGCUCAUCGAUCGCUGGGAAAUGUUUAUCGAAAGGGAUUCCAUGAAAAUUGGCAACAAGAAAGAUCCCAAGGUAUUGGCCCAGGCCAUAAAGACGGGAGUGCCGCGCUCUAAACGCGGUGAUGUCUGGACUUUCUUGGCCGAACAGCAUUCCAUGAAUACGGCUCCCGUUGACAGCAAUAAAUUUCCCAAUUUCAAUACACCCUAUCACAUGCUAUUGAAAAAUCUCACCGAACAUCAACAUGCCAUCUUUAUAGAUUUGGGUCGCACCUUUCCCAAUCAUAAAUUCUACAAAGAUCCCUUGGGUCUGGGUCAAUUGUCACUGUUUAAUUUGUUAAAGGCCUACUCCAUUUUGGAUCCGGAAUUGGGUUAUUGCCAGGGUUUGGGUUUUAUCUGUGGCAUAUUGCUGUUGCAUUGUGAAGAAGCCGAUGCCUUCCAAUUGCUUAAACAUCUCAUGUUUCAUCGUCAAAUGCGCACUAAAUACUUGCCGGACAUGAAAAAAUUCCAAUUACAAUUGUAUCAACUUUCACGGCUGGUUAAAGAUCAUUUACCCGAUCUUUAUGUGUGGCUAGAUCAAAAUGAUGUCUCGCCCACCCUCUAUGCGGCUCCUUGGAUUUUAACCGUUUUCAGUUCUCAAUUCCCCUUGGGUUUUGUGGCUCGUGUAUUUGAUUUAAUGUUUUUGGAAUCUUCAGAGGUUAUAUUCAAAUUUGCCAUAGCUUUGCUCACUGUACACCAGGAAGAGCUGUUGGCUCGCGAUAAUUUCGAGGAAAUUAUGGAUUAUUUGAAAACGGUGGUGCCCAAAAUCGAUGCCAAGACCAUGGAAAAGGUUAUGAAGAUGGUCUUCAACAUGGAGAUAAACAAACAAUUGAUGGAAUAUAAUGUGGAAUACAAUGUUUUGCAAGAGGAGAUCACCACCACCAAACAUCAUUUGGAAAUGUUAAAUCAAGAAAAAUCGAAAAACUCGCACUUGGAAACACAAUUACAAUUCGCUCAAUCAUCUAUAGCUCAAUUGGAAAAGACACGCUCCUCGCAACAAUCGCAAAUAACCAAUCUUCAAAGUCAAGUACAAACUCUGGAACUGACCAUACAAACGUUAGGACGUUAUGUCUCGCACUUGGCCGAGCGCAACAUCGACUUGGAAAUACCGCAAGAAAUACGCCGUGUACUACAGCAAUUAGAUGAUUUGGAGAGGCAACGGCGUAAGCCCCUAUUUGCAGAACGUAAAAUAGGUAAAUCAGUAUCGGUUAAUAGUCACUUGGGGUUUCCACUGAAAGUCCUCGAAGAGCUGAACGAAAAAGAAGAACAUGGUUCGCCCCAAAAAAUCAAGAAGACACCCUUUUUUGAGAACACCUACGAACAGUUGAGACAACAGCGACAACACAAUCGCCAGGAGGCCAAUAGCAGUGGUGAAGACUCCACAUCGCCCAUAAGACAGAUUAAACCAAAGACAGUUUCGAUACAGCAGCAACAACGGCCCAAUCGUUUGUAUGAUGACAAGGGUGUUAAUAUGCAGGAUAUGCAGACACGUUUGGAUGAGCUGAAGUUGCCUGAACAUGUGGAUCGUUUUAUGGCCAACAUUAAGAGCCCCCUGGAGGUGGAUAGUGGGGUGGGUACUCCUUUGAGUCCACCCAGUACCAGCAGUAAUAGCAGUCAAAGUAGUUCCUUAAGUUCGGGUAGUCUAUUUAGUCGCAUUGGUUAUAAAAAUACACCAGCGGUAUUUACUUCCCCCCUUACUAAUCGCCAGACAUUCACCACCACACCCACCAUCUUGUCGCCGUCAAACAUUAAACUUUCGCCCGAUUUGAAUACAGAUUUGAAAAUAAAUAACAAAAAAGAGGAAUUGGCUACAGCCAUGCAUCCGCUAAGUAUGGUGGGCGAGGUAAAUGUUAGAUUUAAUGGCACCACACAAUUGAAAUCCAUAAGGCCCACACAUUAUUUGAAAUCCUUAAGUACACCCGGCCCCACAGUUUUACAGCAAACUCUGACAGAAACGGAUUUAGAGGCGGACAUUAAUGAAACAAAUACUAAGGAUGAGGCUAAUAAUGUUAGUAAACCAAACACUAAUGAUGGCUCAAUGGCUCAAACUGCUGCCGCUGGCAACAGCUAACGGUUUUGAUUUAUAACCAAAUUUCUAAGAAGCUUUUAUUAGCCAACAAUCUACAGAAAAUAAAAAGGCUUUGUUCUAAAAACAAAGCGUUAAAGAAAACAAAAACUUACAAAAUAUUUUGAGAAAACAUUUAAGCCUAUAAAAAGCUAUACACUUACAUACUACAUAUAAAUAUAUAUGUUGAAAUUACAAACCCCGCAGAGCUUAUCGUUAAAAAGAAAAAAGAAAUUUUUGCUUCAAAACAUUUUUGUGUUAUAUGAUUGCCUUUACCAAUUGUGGUUUUGUAAGGGACAACAACACUUAAAACUUAAAACAAAACCAAAAAAAAAAUCGCACAAAAUCUCUUUAAAUCUUAAUGCCAUACAAACAAAAAAUCCAAAACAAUUCUAAAGAAUUCUUAAAACAAAGAAGAAAUGACAAACAAAAUCAGCUUAUAUUAUUAUAAAACAAAAAAAUUAAAUUGUAUAUUUAACAACAAAAAAGAGAAAACAAAUAAGGAUAUAUAAGAAUGUACUUAAUUAUUAAAUAAUAAUAUUAUUACUAUUAUGAUUAUUAUUACAAUUAUAUUAUGAUUACUUACUAUGUAUAAUCAUUUAAAUGGUUAGUUAAAAUGAAACAUAAUUUAAAUCACUAUUAUUAACUUAAACAAAACAAAAAGGAAUAACAAAAAAUAUCAGAAUACAUAAUCACCCAUAUCGCAAAUCAAUAUUUCACAUGAAAUAUGUACCCAUUUCCCAUUUUUCGUUCAUAAACUUUGUUCACGUGAAAAAAUUCCCCAUUUUGUGAAAUUUUUACAUGAAAUGUUGUAAACAAUAAACAGCUGCUACGAACAAAAUCAACUAUUGUGAAUGAAAAGUUUAGGGGAAUAUCACGAUAGCAAUUUUCCCUUCGAGGGAAAUGAAUAUUUCAUGGGAACAUAAAUUUCACAUGUUUUUCACGUUAGGGGUAAUUAAUGUUGGCUAGGAGAAAGGGAAAAUAAUUGUAAAGUAAUGAAUUAGCAAAUGUUUUAUAACUAAAAUGAUUAAGUAACUGAGGGCUUUUAAAAAGAAAAUCCAAAAGAUUUGAUAACUUUGUUAAAUCUUAAAUGUCAAUUCUUUACUUUCUAAUUAAUACUUUAGAGUUUAUGUGAAAAAGGAACAGACAUAUUGAAUAUACCGACAUGUUACAGAUUUUAUUAAGAAAGUCCUUUAAGAUAAUUCGAUAAUUAUAAUGGUUACCUUUUUAAAAAUUUAUCCCAUAAAGGCCUUUCGCACAUUUCGUUCGGAAUCGUUUAAAUUCCGUGUUCUUAUUCUGAUAAAUUUCAAUUCAGCUCCGAUUGAUUUUGUUAAUUCCAAAUUCUGUUUUAAUACCUAGCACACAUCGAUAUAUUGGUCGUAUACCCAAAAAGUAUAUAUAUUCUGGGUGCUUGAACAAUUCUAAGACGAACUAGCUAUGCCUGACCAUCUUUUGAAGUUACGCUAGGGUUUGAGGGAAGGACUUUGGAAAAGAUGAAAUUCUCCACAAAUAUUCUAUGUUGAUCAGAAAUGUUUGGCAUUUAAAAUGUGCAAAAUCAGUCAAGUACAACCAGAGUUAUGUACCAAAGACAUUAUCCAAACAAAUAUUAAUUCCACUUAGAAAAAUAAAAGUGGUUUCAUUCCUGAAAAAAAUAGUUUUAUUGUACUUAUUCUGAAGAAGCAAAAUGCCACUUUUGAUCAGAAUGGAAUUCUGUGAUAGGGCGAAUAAACAAGUAUCGAUAUUUUCGAAAUAUUUAGUAAUGAAAAUAAAAUAGAUAGAAAUAGAAACAAAAUAAGAAAUACAACUUCAUUCAAAUGUCUGGCUCGGCAAGCUUAAUAAGAGUCCUUCCUGUUGCAAUCGAGUUUAAAAAAUUAUGAACACUAUUUCUCGAAUUAGCCCAAUAUUUGUAUACUUUACGUUCUGAAUCAUUUGUUAAUUCUCAGCAUAACCUCGGCAUAUCAAAGUACUUUACAAUGUAACCAGUGGUGACAGGCAGUCGUCCAUUAAUUGGUACAAAUCUCUUGAGGUUUGUGUUUGGUGCCUCCUCGCCCCACCAAACAAUUAAAAAUGUAUAGUUUCGCAAAAGUGAAUAAUUCUCGAGCAAAAAUAUUCGUAAAUUUAUCGAGAAUGUUUAAAAAUUUGAAUAAUAAUUCUCGACAAUCCGAGAAAUUGUAAAGAAUCGUUGAAAUAGCGAAUCUUUGUAAUUGUAAACAAUUCUUGAUUAAUACUGGUAAUGAUUCGUAAUUGAUAUUGUUCUCGAACCUUUGAGAAUGAUCGACUGAUAAUUUUUCGAAUUGUUUAGUUCUAUUUUUAACAUCAUAAAAAUAGCUCCGAUUUAUAUGACAAUCUCAAAAUUAAAAAGUAUCUUUCUAUUAUUUUCCCUUGCUUAGAUAACAUUAAACAUGUAGGGUGCAUUCGUAAAGGCAGUAAUUUUUUUGCAUUGCUGAAGAAGUAAUUUCCAUUUUUUUUAUUAGAAAAUAAAAAGAUGCUCAGUUGUUAAAAAUAAGUGAAAUCACAGCAGUUUCAUUAAAGCCCAUUACUGACAACUAUAUCACAUUUCACAUUUGAGGUUAUGAAGUAAAUUGACUUAAAAACUCAAAUUCUUUUGACAAAUUCAGUUUUAUUGAUACUAAUAUAAAGUAGAAAUAUGGGAAUUAAUAAUGGAAUAUGAAAACGGGCAAAAGUUCACUCCUUUUUCACAAAAUUUUGAACAAACAAUACGCAAAAAUGCUUCACUUAUCUCGUCAAUACAAUGCCGAAUUUCAUAUUUCAAAGGUUCAGUUGUUUACGUGGUAUGUUCACGAAAAACCCAGAGAGAAUAGUCCAGCUGCCAAAUUUAGAAAUACAAGAUCGGGAAAUUGCCCAUGUGUCAAAUUAAUUGUUUCAACGGCUGUGUGGCUCGUGGCUCCGUCUUCUUACUGAAACCAAUAUUAACCAAUUGUGGUUAUCAUGGACUCUGAAGGAGCAUGAUUACUAGGAAAAGCUGCUCAAAUGUUCUAAAGUGAUAUAGCGUUAAUUUUCAAUAUUUUUAUAGUAAAUGACAGUUCUUGUCAUUUCAUUAUUUGACCGGUAAUUUACUUCAUAACCUCAAAUAUGCCCAUCCUAAAUUACUGCAUUUACGAACGUUCUGUGUAGAAAUUUAUUUUAAAUCAAAAACAAAUGAAUUAAAAAAAAACUUAGUCUUCAAUCUAGUGUUGUCACAAUAUUAUUAUAUUAAUUAAAUUAUAUUAAAUAUAUUAUAAUUAUACUUAAAUAACUAAAUAAUUCUAAUUUCUAAGGAUUUGUCUAAAAAGUUUAUUAAGGAAUUAUUAAUUUAAAACGGUUAAGAAAGAAAAACCAAUAAUUAUUAAACAAUUAUGUCUUAUAGUUUAAAUUAAUUUAUAAGUAUGAACUAAAUCUCUAUAAAUAUUUGACCUAGUGGCUAAUAUUUGUAACAAAAAAAAAAAGAAAUUGUUAAGAAAAUUUAUAAAAUUGCCGAAUUUUCAUACUAAAUUAGUGGCUAAAGAUCCCAAAACGGAAAUUUCUUAAACCAGAUGAUAUUUUUCAUUUAAAAACAUAUUUAAAACCGGAAGGCAAAUAAAAACACUCGAUAUCAUUUUAAAUUUAGAUUUGUAAUGAAAAUUUUAAUGAUUAUUGAAUAAUAUUAUUUGCCUCAAGCUGAGAUUUUCAUAACAUUUCGUUAAAUGUCAGCUGGACAACCGGAAUAGAGUGUCAGUAGCACAGAGAUGUUAUUGCUGACAUUUGCCAUCAAAUGUAUGAGAAUGUUGGGUUCUUUUUUUACAAAAAUUUUCAUAUGAAUUUAUUAUUGUUUAUAAUUCUGUGUGUAUGUUUUGUUUAAUUCUUUUUAAUUUUUAUUUUAAGUUUCUUUUUUGUUAUAACUUUAUUUUAAUUCUUAAUUAUUGUUUUUUUUUAAUUUUACUAUAUUUAUUUUAAGAAUAUUUGUUAAAACCAAGUAAAAAGUUUUACUAUUUUAUUAAAGAAAAUACAAAUUAGACACCAAGACAAAUAAAUUA